UGGUUUAAGGAAGUUCACACUGAAAACGUUGUUGAAAUAGGGAGGAUGUGAGUAGAAACAUUGACUUUUUCCAUUGGUGCCAACAAAGUCACUGCACAGGUUUUAAGAUGAAGGUGCUCCUUCUGCUUCUGAUGAUUACAGCUUGUGCUGCCCUAACACAAGAUCUUUCUGGUAAGAUGUUCACCUUUCCACUGGAAACCAACAGAGCUUAUGUGAAGUUUAACACAUCAAGAAGAGAUUUUGAUGCCAUAACUGUUUGCCACAGAUCAUUUACAGACCUCAAGAGAGACCACGGGCUGUUCUCCUUGUCCACACCCAAUAAUGCCAAUGACUUUUUGAUUUUCUGGGAUAACAACAAUAAAGAAAUGGAGGCACACAUUAAGAAUAAAAAGGUUGAGUACGGAGGCCGUGACUACAAGCCCAACACGUGGCACUCUAUCUGCACCACAUGGGACGGGACGACUGGACUGACACAGCUGUGGUUCAAUGGACAGCCUUCGAUCAGAAAAUUCACAAUUUCUGGGUCAAACAUUGGUGGACCUGUCAAUAUUAUUGUGGGACAGGAGCAGGACAGCCAUGGCGGCGGCUUUGACUUGAAGCAGUCUUUCGUUGGCAUGAUGUCUGACGUCCACAUGUGGCAUUACGUCCUCUCUGCCUGUGAGAUCCAGAAUUAUGUGGAUGAACGAAACUUCACACCAGGGAAUGUGUUGAACUGGAGGGCUCUGGAUUAUCAGAUUAUAGACAAAGUGUUGCUUGAAAAUAAAGUAACCGUUUGUUACUAACCCCAUUUAGAAUAAUUUGAUCACUACAGCAACUCAUACAUUUCCAGUAACCAUUAUUGAAUCAUUAUUUUUUAAUUAUUUGCUUAACUAUAGAUUUGUGAUAACUGUGAAUUGAAUUGGACGGUGCUCUUUUUUUUUGUUGCUUUUUUUAAUUACAAAGUAUCAUUUAAAGCACUUAAAAAACAUUUGUGUGAAAAAACAUUUGCAUGGGAAAUGCACCAAAGUUACUUAGGAAAACUGUAAAAUCUUGUAAACCUGCAGUAAAUUAGGCUUGACCAUUUUACAGAUAGUUCAUCAAUUUUUUUUUAAACAUUUCAGCCUUUAUUGUUGUUUAGUAUUCACAAAAGUCUUUUAUAGUCCUAAGUUCACCCACAAGUUAUCCUUUUUAUUCUCCUUUUAUAAUACAACUGUGUCUGAAAUUGGCAGGACAACUAUAUGUUUGUUUAAGCUGUUACACUUUAGAAAAAGAUAAAUGCUGUACAAUGUGAAUUAUUUUCAUUGUAGCUAAAAUAAAGCUUUAAUCUAGUACACACA